AUGAGAGUUAGUGCAGGUUGCAAAGAAAGGGAGAGAGAAACCACUUUCAAUGACUGUAUUUCUUCUGUUUAUCUGACUGAUGAUGAUACCACUUUCAGGAUAUACAUGCAUGGGUCAUUCCGAAAAUGGGGACUUUCUCUGUAUCUUGCAAUGAAAUAUGAACCGGAGAUGGAGGCCAACAAGAGUGAAUAUCAUCACCAGGAGGAAGAAGCUGGAGAUAGUGACGAUAUUGAGCUUCUCAAGACCAGAAUUUCUAGUCAUCCUUUGUAUGGGAGGCUCGUUGAGAAUCACCUCAACUGCUUAAAGGUUGGUGGCAUUUGCAAUGGAGGCAGAAACAGCAAGGGAACUCAAAGGCAAGCUGAGCAUUAUGAUAGUAGUAAUAAUAUAAACAAGGAUACAUGUUCUAGCAGCAUGCAGCUAAACCAAUCAGAGUUAGACCUCUUCAUGGAAGGAUACUGCUCGACACUGAGCAAGCUAAAGGAAGCCAUGGAGGAACCUCAGCUGGAAUCAAUAGUUUUCAUCAGCGGCAUGCAUUCUCUACUGAGGGACCUGGCCAGACCUAAUACCCUUUCAUCUGAUGUACUUCUGUUGUACAGCAGGAAGCUGAAACGAAGAAUUCAAAGUGAGGCACCAAGGGUAUCGUCGUCGAAUGGUGUUGAUCAUUAG